GGUUUACUUCAGUUUACGGCAUAAGAAAGAGAGAUGGUGCGGUAAGGACCGACAGCCGCCCCUCCCCAGUAUUCUUUACGGCGGACUCACGGCAACCGGUUAGCGGAGAAGCUGGCAGCGGGGAUCUGGAAGCGGCUUUUCCCGGCGCGAGGCGGCGGAGGGCGGCGACCGGCGUACGGCCUAGGGCUUCUGGUGGACAUUAGUAGGGGGGGUCCCAAAGCCACCGCCAUGGGCAUGGAGUGCUGCCGCGGAGCCAACCCCUUCCGCCUCUGCUCUGGGCUCAAGGUCCUCGGCUACUUCAUGAUCCUCCUCGUCGCCUCCAUCAUCGCCGUCUCCUACUGCGCCGUCAUCGUCAUCGCCUGGGGCCCGCGCCUCUUCGUUGGCGGCCUCGUCUCCGUCCUCGCCCUCGCCAUCGUCAUCGUCUUCCAUCUCCUGCUUGCUUUGUUAAUAUGGAGUUAUUUUAUGGUAGUUUUUGUUGACCCGGGUUCUGUUCCUCUAAAUUGGAGACCAACACUUGAAGAAGAGAACUUAGAAAUUGGAAGUUCCGUGACAUUAUCUGAUUAUGUUGCUCCUGAGACCAGGGCUUCUGCAUGGCCCAGUUCAGAGGGGUUGGAAAGAAGACCAACUAUAGGCUACUGCAGUCGCUGUCACAAUAGCAAACCUCCACGUUGCCAUCACUGUUCUGUUUGUCAAAGAUGCGUCCUGAAGAUGGAUCAUCAUUGUGUAUGGGUUGUCAACUGUGUUGGAGCACGCAACUAUAAAUGUUUUCUUCUUUUUCUGCUCUAUACUUUCCUUGAGACGGUUUUAGAUGCUGUUGCAUUACUUCCACGUUUUGUCAAGUUCUUUGGUGAUGCAAGGAACCAUAAUAGCUCCCCUGGCAAGCUUGCUGUUACAUUUCUUGCUUUUGUUCUGAAUCUAGCUUUUGCACUGAGCCUUCUCUGUUUUGUGAUCAUGCACACAUCUCUUGUUUUGAGCAAUACCACGACAAUAGAGGUUCACGAGAAGAAGAAAGGAGCUGUAUGGAAAUAUGACUUAGGAAAGAGGAGAAAUUUCGAACAGGUUUUUGGCACUAAAAAAUUGCUCUGGUUUCUGCCAUUGUACUCACAAGAGGAUUUAGAAAAGAUGCCUGCACUUCAAGGCCUAGAUUUCCCAACCCGUUCAGAUGUUGAAACGUAAAGAAUGGUAGAUCUAACAUUGCUUCCGUGCCUGAACUGGUCAUUAACGAGCUAUUCAUUGUGUGGCUAAUUAGUUUAUGUAUAGUUUUCAUCUCGUGUAUUAAUUUUCUCAAUUUUGUUUUGAUAAGAUCAUCUGUUCGGAUGACUGGUAAAUUGUAAAUGUUGGUUCUCCUGUGAGUCUUCUGCGUGCUAAGAAAACAAUAUGCAGUAACAAGUGAAAGAACGAUUAACCUCGUCUAUUUUCACAAAGAAAUUCAUUCUAGGAUUUCUUUAUCAUCUUGGACUGAGGUUGUCAUUUAUCUAUCUUAAGUUGCUCAUAAAUAAAAGAAGUGUUCAGCUCCUAU